AUGCUGUGGUUGAAUGGGAUGUUCGAUUUCAACAUGCUGCCGAAAGAGCCUCGCUCCAGAUUGAGCUCAGCCGCCGUGUGCGCGAAGCGCAUCAAGGCGACGCUGCAGCGAGUUCGGUUCUUGUGGCGCAACGCGGAGCGCCCCUACUCGCCCCAGAUCCAGGAGCUCAAGAAUAUGAUGGUGCAGAGGAGUCCCACGGGUUCGGAGGCUGACACGCUCACAGUCAUCGAGGUUGAUUCGGUCCCCCUCGACGUCGCGGUCGCCGAACCAGAGCGCUGCGACGACGCCGAGGUCGACGGCACCGGCAAGCCAGAGGGCGACAAAGGCGACGUCGAGGUCAUGGUCGCCCCGGAGCAGGUCGAGGAGAUCUGCAGCGCUGCCGUCGAGGGCGACGACGCGGAGCUCGACGCGCUCAUGGGCCAGGACGCCGCGGACGAGGGGGCCAUCGUCCUCGAGGACAGCGCUGCCGCCUACGUGCACACGCUGGCUGCCGGGGCGCUGACCGACGAGUCUCAGGAUGAGGAGGCCGGCUUCUUUCACGCGCUGCACGGCGACAAGGGCGUCGAGUUCCUCCCGGACAGUUGCAGGAACAUGGCCAUGACUGGAGACGUCUUGCACGGAGGGCCCCACCCAGGCGCGCAGGACAGCAAGAACGAGCACCUCGAGGGCGACAUGGAGCGCAUCUUCGCGUCAGAGGCCCCCGUCGUCGGCAAGCCCAUGAUCAAGAAGAAGAAUCGUGCUGCAAAGACGAAGGGCGAGCUGAAGGGGGGCGCGUCGCUCGGCAGCAAGGGCAAGAAGGGGAAGGGCAAGAAGGGCAAGCAGGGCAAGAAAGUCAAGAAGGGCAAGCACGACGCCUCAGGUCUGCAAGGAGCUGAAGAUGGCGGUGAGAUGGCCUUGGACGCUGGCGAGCCCCUCGACGCUGCCAAGAAGAAGAAGAAGAAGGUCAAGAAGGUCAAGAUGGAUACCGACGCAAUCCCGCGCGACGACGUCAUCCCCCCCCCGAAGAAGACGGCCGCGAAGCAGAAGGCUGGCAAGAAGGCCUUCGCGAGUGCGCACGGCGACGGGGGGGGCCCUCCAGCUGUCGCCAAAGGGAAGGUUGAGAAAGCAGCCAUGCUGGAGGAGUACGAGGAGGCAGUGAAGCAGGUCAAGGCGUCCACGGAGAAGGUCGAGCUCACCGAGCGCGUGCAGGUGUCGCUGAAGAUGCUGCCGGAGGAGGCGAAGCUGGGCACGGAGCUGGGCGCGUGGCGCAAGAACUACCGCGUGCCCAUCGUCGGCGGCAUCGUGGAGGUGCAGCUCCACCACAGGCUGUUCAGGAUGAUCAAGCAGUGCGAGGAGGCCGAGUCCAACGAGGGGCCCCUGAACUUCCCGUGGCGUGCAUACAGCAGCGUGCAGGACGCCUGGGAUGCCGCCAGGAACCGGGUGAUGGGCGUGUGCUGA